CGGAGCCGAGCCGAUCUGAGCCGAACCGGGCCGAGAGCGCUGCGGUGGUGCGGACGGGCGGCGCGGCUCGGCCCCCCCCAUCCCCCGACCCCCCGGAGCGAGGCGGGGGCCGCCGCCAUGCCCCCCGGAGACUGAGGCCCGCGGGCGCGGGGUGCCCGCAGCAUGCGGAGGGUCCGGCGGUUGGUGCACCUGGUGCUGUUCUGCCCCAUUUCCAAAGGCCUGCAGAGCCGCCUCCCAGGCAUCAAGGUGAAGUACCUGCUGGUGGUGUGGCUGGGCAUCUUCGUGGGCAGCUGGGUGGCCUACAUGCACUACUCGUCCUACUCUGAGCUCUGCCGUGGCCACAUCUGCCGGAUGAUAAUCUGCGACCAGUACAAGAAAGGAAUCAUUUCUGGCUCUACGUGCAAAGAUCUGUGCGAGGAGCACAGCCUCCGCUUCCAGCACUGCCUCUCCUCCUCUCCCACCCAGCAGGUUUACAGGGGGCUCUGGAAGGAGAAGGAGGUGAUCAUCAAAUGUGGCAUUGAGGAGGCCCUGAAGGCAGACAGCAACCCAGACUCCAUUCCCAGGAGGGAUGUGGUUCUCUUUGACAAACCGACUCGAGGGACGUCGAUGGAUGAGUUUAAAGAAAUGCUCCUGAACUUCCUAAAGUCCAACCUUGGAGAUCAGACCUCUCUUGCAGCCUUGGUGAGCCGGAUCAUCACCAUGGCAGACGUGAACCGGGAUGGGAAAGUGUCUUUAGCAGAGGCCAAAUCCAUCUGGGCGCUACUUCAGCUCAACGAGUUUCUUCUUAUGCUCUCCUUGCACGAGAAGGAACACACGUCCAAGCUGCUCGGGUACUGCGGGGAUCUCUACAUCACAGAGAAGAUCCCUCACAACUCCCUCUACGGAGCAGACCUCCCAGCCUUCCUGCAGUCGCUGCUGCCCGCUGCCCUCCACCAGGUCAUCCACCAGUGGUUUGCACCAGCCUGGCCCCGGAGGGCCAAGAUCACCAUCGGGCUGCUGGAGUUUGUGGAGGAGAUAUUCCACGGGACCUACGGCAACUUCUACAUCUGCGAGACCAGCUUUAGGAACGUGGGCUACAACGACAAAUACGACUUCAAAAUGGUCAACUUGAGGAAGGUGGCAACGGAGAUGACCAUCAGAGGGUUUCUCAAGGGACGUCACUGCGAGCAGAACGUGGACUGCACCUAUGGGAAGGACUGCAUGGCGACCUGCGACAAGCUCAUGAAGCAGUGCAAAAGCGACGUGGUUCAGCCCAACCUGGCCAAGGUCUGCGGGCUGCUGCAGGACUACUUGCUGUACGGGGCACCUCCUGACCUGAAAGAGGAGCUGCAGAAGCAGCUCCGAACUUGCAUGACCCUCAGCGGCCUGGCCAGCCAGAUGGAAGUGCACCACUCCCUUGUGCUGAACAACCUUAAGACCUUGCUCUGGAAGAAGAUUUCCAACACCAAAUAUUCCUAGUAGGGCCCAGGGCUUAGAAUCUGAAAUCCCCAAGUUCAGCCAAGGCUCAAAGGUCUGCUUCUCCAUCCUCUCCCCUGCAGGAAAAGUACGCCCUACCCAGGGAGUUCAGCAUAGCUGCAGCGCCUUUGCUGUCAUGAAAAGCCAAACAUCUUGACUUCCACCACCCAGCAGGAUCAUUGGUAGUCUGCAUCGACAGCUGUGAAGCUGGGCUGAACGAGUCUGGGGGAAGGAGGAGGAAAGAGGAGGAAGCAGAGCCCAGCUGGAUGCAUCUGCUUCUUGAUUAACAGGAAAGCAGGGCAGAAAGAUGAGAAUGAAUCAUUCAUGCUGUACUUGUCACAUCUUAUUUCGAUGAACAUCUCCGAUGUAAAUAAAGAGCUUUUAUGUGAAUCACACCACUACAUCAAUAGCAGAACAACAGCCUUUAAGUACCAGCAUUCUUGUGAUCUAAAAAGGAGAAAGAGGUAGAUUUCCAAGUCAGAAGUCCCUCCUGAAGUACCUGAAUCACCUACCAUGAGAUCCAGCCACUACCUAGGAAGUGGAUAAGCUGUCUUUUCCACAGCAGAGAAUCCUGGCAAUUGUUUCACUGCUUUUUUAAGUGCCUGACCCACGACAGCGAUGGCUUUUGUGAGGAUCUCUGCCCAGCUGCUUCUGCUUGUAGUGUGAAACUGCCUGCCAGGAAGCGGCCAUUCCUCCUCCUGUGCCAAGUUUGGAAGCACAUCAGGCAAGAAGAGCUUAAAGGAAACCUAAGGGCUACAACCUGAUUGGUUCUGACCAGCUACCAUGCAUUGUCCACGUGUUCCUUCCCACAGUAUUCAAUCACACAGGCAAGGACAAGCCAACCUUUCAGUUUAAUUCUCUAAGCUGGGUUACCACUGCAGAGGUUAAAGAUUAAUGCCAGAAUAAUCCACUGCUUCUCCCAUUAUCAAAAUGAAUUUCCAGAGAACCUUUCAGCAGGUAUCAUUUGCUUGGCUGUGUAAAUACUGCAGCUCUCUACCUACAGUCCAUUUCCUUUCAAUGUUCAGUUGCAGCCAUCUUUCAAGACUUCAGGUAGAGAGGAACAGUUUAUGCAAACAACCUCAAGCAUGCUCUGCUCCCAGCACAAUAACACUCCUGCUGGCAGAGCCUCUGCUGGCGCUGCUGCCAACAAUUGCUUAGUGAAGUGGAGCAUGUAUGUGAAGUACAAUCACUGACAGAAAAGAAACACAUUCAACAGUAUAUAUGGUCUGUGAAAGUAAUCUGCAGUGUCACAGCUGCAAAUUUAUGGGCCCUCUGGAGGAUAAAUAUCAGCAUUUCCUUCUAUUAGUUCUAUAGGAUCAUCAUUACCUCUCACUGUUAUUUAUGAAGGAUAUGUUUCAGUGUCAACAGCGCUCUAAAUCCAGCAG